CACAAACACGUAUGUACACAAACGUUUUCAUAACCUCAACAUUUUUUAAAAGUGACACUUGGUAAAUUUGUAACGAAAAUAAAAAAAAUUACCAGUGAUGUAUCAUUGGCAAGAAAAAAAUGAAACGGUAAACCUCAUUUAACCAUCGAAAAAAUAAAUUAGGAAGGUCCACAUUGCAAAAUCAAAAUGGAAGACAUUCUCAAAAAUUGGAGUGCAUACACAAAAGAGUACGAUCCCUUGAAAGCUGGAUCAAUCGAUGGUACAGAUACAGAGCCUCACGACAAAGCUGUGACUCGGGCGAUUCAUGCUCAUUACGAGCCACCGCACGGCUUAAAAUCCAUUCCAGAAAAAACUCUCUUUGUAGCCAGACUAAGUCCCAAACUUACAAGAGACGAUUUGAUUGAAUAUUUUUCUCGCUGUGGUUGUGUCGUGUCUGCAAAAUUAAUCGUCGACAUAGUCACAGGAAGUUCACAGGGUUACGGAUUCGUCGAAAUGGCAAGUGAGGAAGAAGCACGAAAAGCAGUACGACGAUUGCACGAUACAGUUAUUAAGGGCUCGAAAAUUCUAGUUGACUUCGAGUGUAGUCGAACUAUGAAAGGUUGGAAACCACGAAGACUAGGGGGUGGUUUCGGUGGUAAAAAAGAAUCUGGACAAUUACGGUUCGGUGGUAAAGAUAGACCGUUCAAGCGACCGAUCAUUCCAAAUUUUCCUAAAAACAAUUGAGGCUCAAGGAAUAUUUAUUCGCUUCAAAUGUUUCUUGGAUCAAAAUGUAUAUAGAAAAAAUAAACUCAAAGUUUCAUCACGUAGCUUCCACAUAUCCAUGGAACCUUAUUUUUAAUAAAAAGUUGUUUGUAAUGUGAUUUUACAUAAAAUUAUUGUGGUCACAUAUCCAUAAAA